CUGAAUUAGGAAUCUCGCAAGAAGAAAUUCAUGGAUUCUAUAUCGUCAGAGCCUUCUUGUUUCCCUGAGAAAUUGGCUUCGUCUAUGAUUUGAAGCUUAAAAAGGGGUUUGUUUGUUCAUUCUUUGGAAACCCUAGGAGAGAGAGACUAAUUUUGGAUUGGUGAUAUCCCGAGCUCUGUGCCCUAGCGUUGCGUUCGCUUUGUUUCCACGUACAAUUCAGUUAAGUCAGAAUUAGAAUUGAUGGGACAUCCAAGGUGGUGAUGCAUGGAAGUGUUUCAGGAUAUCUUCUAGUAAAUGCGGAGGUUGAUUCCAUGGGAGGAGUUAUCGAUAGUGGGGGUGGUAUUGGUGUCAAAACAUCUCCACGCCGAACAGAAAUUGAGAAGGCUCAAGCGGAGCUAAGGCAAGAGUAUGAUGUCCGUGAGGAAAGGAGGAGAGAACUGGAGUUUCUGGAGAAAGGCGGUAACCCCUUGGAUUUCAAGUUUGGUCUUGCAACUUCACAUAGCGUCCAAUCUACGUCACUCACAGAUCAGCAAGCAGAGCAUUUUGUAAACAGUGAAGUGAAGGAUAGUUUUGCUCUGACUGCCUCACCACAUGGAGACUCUGUGGAGAGUAGUGGUAGACCUGGAGUUCCUACAAUUUCUGAACCCAAUACAGCGGAUAAUCUUUUACUGUUUGAUUCUGAAAAUAAGUCGGUUGAAGGAGAGAUAAAUUUUAGAUAUCCUAAUAGGCAAAACAGAACUUCUGAGCCGGAACGGUCUUCAAAAGCGAACACCAAUCAGAAUACUAAAGAAUCUGAAGAUUCUGCCAUCUUUCGCCCGUAUGCUCGUAGGAACAGAUCAAAGAUAAAUCGGGAUCCAGCACGGUCAAGUUCUACUGAUUUAGUUCAGAAUCGUGGUGGUCUUGCAACGUCUAUCUCUAUUCGCAGAGGAUCAGUGGAUGGAAAGGGUCGCAUUUCCGAAGCAACCAAUCAGAAGGAUAGGCAUACAACCUCUGUAUCUUGUCCGACAUUUGAAAAUUCAAACGGUAAUAUAGUUCCGACAAUUGUUGCUCCUAGCAAUACUAUGAAUACUAAGGUGGAUGGUAUACCUGUUGUACGAGAGAGUAUCGCUGGAUCCAAGACAGGUCCAUUGAAAGAUGAAGCAGACAUUACACAUAGGAAAAGCUCUGCCUAUAUGCCUUCUGAAGAGACCAGCCUUGCUGGGGAGAAGGCAGAACUUGCUUUGACUAUUACAGAGAUUGGUUCUCCCAAAGCUGGAACAAUAGCUGGUCAGGACAAUAGUUCUACACAAUUGAAUGGCCUAAGAGAUUCUACGGGAGAGAAAGAAAGCUCAGCAGAUAGAGGAGUUGCAGGGACAAAAAGAUUAGAGUCAGAGUCGUCUCAUGCUAACAACUUAGAAGUAGAUGUAGAUACUGAAAGAGAUGUUUGUAGAGUGGAAAAACUUGACGCAGAUGAAAUCUCUAUGCAGAAGGCUUCAAGCGUAGAGGGGUUGCUGAAUCAAACAGUUGGUGAACUGACGAAAACUGAGAUUGAGGAUGAGACAGGUCGGUCUACCACCAUUAGUAAUGAGUGCAGUCCUGCGCGUGAAAUGCAGAUGAAUUCGGUUAAAAUUGAAAAUCAAAGUUACAGAAGUUCAGCUGAGCUGCAAAAUGAAGAGAUGUAUUCAGAAGAUGAGAAAAAGCUUAGAGAUGGGGUGGUUGUACCUGAAAAUGACAGGAAAGUUAGUAGUGUUUUAGAUGACAAUCCUAGCAGCUCUUUGCACCCUGGAAUCACUGAGGCAUCUGUAGACGAAAGUUCUUGCAUGGUUGGUGAUAAUGUAUUGUCAGAAACUGACAUUGAAGCAUUAAAACAUCAGCCUGGCUCAGAUAGUGGCUCAAAAGUGUUAGAUACUGUGAAGGAGGACUCUGUCCUUGAAGAGGCACGGAUUAUACAGGCAAAAAGAAAAAGAAUUGCCGAGUUAUCUUGUGGUACCGCACCAGUGGAGGUUCGUGAGAAAUCUCAGUGGGAUUUUGUCCUCGAAGAAAUGGCAUGGCUGGCAAAUGAUUUUGCGCAGGAGCGCCUUUGGAAGAUGACUGCUGCCGCACAAGUUUGCCAUCGAGUUGCUUUGACUUCUCAGUUGAGAUUUGAGGAACAACUUCAGCAAAGAAAGCUGAAAAAUAUAGCUUCAAUCCUAUCUAAUGCUAUCUUACAAUUCUGGAGUUCUGUGGAGGCUUCUGGGGAGCUGGAGGAGACAAGCUUGGGAAUUGAUAAGGAGACUUUCCAAGAAUCUAAUUGUGAGAAUGGCAGAAAAUGUUUAGCUGCGGGUGUCAGGGAGUAUGCAAGUAGCUUUUUGAAGUAUAACAGCUCUUCUGUCCCCUAUCAUUCAGCUGCACCAUCAGUACCCAAGUAUACAUGCGACUCAGAAAUAUUGGAUGUAUCACUGGUUGAUCAGCUAACAGAAGAAAGCCUGUUCUAUUCAGUUCCAUCUGGUGCUAUGAAGGUGUACCACAAGUACAUUGAGACCCAUAUCGCACGCUGUGAGAAGUCUGGUAAUAGCAUGCUGGAGGAGGUUGAUACAUCAGCCUAUGAUGCUGCUGGAGAUAUAGUAUACGAUGUCACUGCGUUCGAUGAGGAUGAAGGAGAAACAAGUACCUAUUAUCUUCCUGGGGAUUUCGAAUGUAGCAAGUCAUUUAAUCUAAGCCACAAAAAAAGGAAGAGUUUGAUGAAGUCUCAUUCUGCCCGGUCAUAUGAUCUUGGAUCUGAUUUGCCAUACGCCAACUACACAGUUGGGUCUAACUCAUCGAAUUUGAUGGCGAAAAGGCCUGCCAGUAAUAUCACUGCCGGCUCAGUUCCGACAAGGCGCGUGCGCACUGCUUCGAGGCAGAGGAUUGUGAGUCCUUUUGGCGGUGCAACUUCUGGGGGUUUACCAGUGCCUUCAAAGACAGACGGGUCUAGUGGAGAUACUAGUUCUUUUCAGGAUGAGCAAAGUAGUUUGCAUGGUGGUAAUUUUGUUCAAAAAGGAACAGAGGUUGAAUCAAGUGGUAAUUUUGAGAAGCAGUUACCUUAUGACAUGGCUGAAACGUCAGAAAAACCUAAAAAGAAGAAGAAGACUCAUACGGGAUCUGCAUAUGACCAAACCUGGCAUCUCGAUUCGUCAGUCCAUGCUGAACAGAAAGAGCACUGGAAGAAGCGACCAGAGAAUCAUUUCGAUAUGAAUGGUCUGUAUGGUCCUCACAGUGCAAAGAAGCAAAAGACCACCAAGCAAUUGGUCGAGAAUAAUUUUGAUAGUGCUAAUGCUCUCGCUGGAUCAGUUCCUUCUCCGGCAGCUUCCCAGAUGAGCAAUAUGUCCAACCCCAACAAAUCUAUCAAAUUUUUUGGGGGUCGUGAUAGGGCCAGAAAAUUAAAAGGCCUGAAGAUUUCUCCUGGGCAACAUGGUUCUGAAAAUCGGUGGUCGCUAUUUGAGGAUCAGGCGCUUGUUGUCCUGGUGCAUGACAUGGGGCCUAACUGGGAGCUCAUUAGUGAUGCAAUGAACAGCACUCUUAAGAUUAAGUGUAUAUAUCGUAAUCCGAGUGAGUGCAAGGAGCGGCAUAAGAUUCUGAUGGAUAAGACUGCUGGUGAUGGGGCUGAUAGUGCUGAAGACUCAGGGACUUCUCAGUCUUAUCCAUCAACUUUGCCUGGCAUCCCAAAGGGAAGUGCGAGACAGUUGUUUCAGCGACUGCAAGGGCCAAUGGAGGAAGAUACCCUGAAGUCCCAUUUUGAGAAGAUUUGUUUGAUUGGGAAGAACUUACAUUAUAGAAAGGCACAGAAUGAUGGUCGGGAUCCCAAGCAGAUAGUACCAGUUCACAAUUCACAAGUCAUGGCUCUUUCUCAAGUAUUCCCGAAUAAUCUGAAUGGAGGGGUUCUAACGCCCCUUGAUGUCUGUGAUGCGUCAACUUCAGGUCAAGAUGUAUUUUCACUUGAAAAUCCAGGUGUUCCAAUGUUGAAUCAGGGGACGCCAGUGCUCCCUACUUCUGGAGCAAUUCCAUCCACUCCUGGAUCAUCUGGUGUGGGUCUCGGCAACAAUUUACCAACCACACCUGGUCUACACAGUACUUCUGUCAGGGACGGUAGAUUUAACGUUCCUAGAGGGUCUUUGCCACUUGAUGAACAACACCGCCUCCAACAAUAUAAUCAGAUGUCAUCCGGCAGAAACAUGCAGCAGCCUUCAUUAUCAAGUCCUGGAGCUGUCUCAGGAUCUGGACAUCGCAUGGUUCCUGGUGGAAAUGCGAUGGGUGUAAGUGGAGUGAACAGGGGCACACCCAUGUCAAGGCCUGGUUUUCAAGGGAUGAGCUCACCAGCAAUGCCAAGUACUGGUGGCAUGCUUUCCUCUGGUGUGGUGGGAAUUCCAAACACUGGAAAUAUUCACCCUGGAGGAGGAGCUUCUCCAGGAAACUCCAUGCUCAGGCCUCCUCGUGAAGCUGUGCAGCAUAUGAUGCGGAUGCAGGCUGCUCAAGGGAACAGUCAAGGGAUCCCAGCUUUCAGUGGUUUGAGUUCUGGAUUUACCAACCCGACAACUCCUCAUCUCCAGAGCCCAAGUCAUGCCACUGGGGCACAACAGGACGCAUUUGCUAUUCGUCAAAGGCAAAUGCACCAGAGGUAUGUGCAGCAGCAACAACAGCUACAGCAGCAGCAGUUUCCAGCAUCUGGUACUAUACUGCCACAUGGACAACAACAACAACCACCUCAGGGUACUUCUGUUUCUUCUUCUCCGCAAAACAGUCCCCAGACUCAACCACCCGUUUCGUCCCAGCCAUUACCAAUGCCCCCAGUGUCGACCUCUCCUAAUAUCAAUGCUAUGGCACAACAGAACCCUCAAAAACCUCAGUUGCCGCUUCAUGGUCUGGGUAGGAAUCCUCAGUCUAGUGCUUCUGGAGUGAACAAUCAAGCUGGAAAACAACGGCAGCGACAACUCCAGCAGCAGUUGCAGCAGUCUGGAAGACAACAUCCACACCAGAAGCAGCCUACACAAGGUCAACAGCAGAAUAAACAAUCGAAAGGGAUGGGUAGAGGGAACAUGAUUCAUCAGAACCUCACUGUUAAUUUGUCACACCUGAAUGGUCUCACCAUGGCCUCGGGAAAUCAGGCUACCGAAAAAGGAGAGGCAGUGGUUCCAGUUAGGCUUGAUCAGCAGUCUAACGCAGGCGCCACCACGACCACGCCGCAUCCGCAGUCUAAACCAUUUGUUCCACCACAGUCUUCAAAUCAUUCACAGCAACCGCCAAAACCAUUUCCUGCUGCUUCAUCUCCGUCCCAACAACAACAGAUACAGUUGCCUUCAGGCAAUAAUAACAUCCAAGGCCAGAGCUCACCUUCGGCCUCUAGUCCAUCAAUUACACCAGCAGUUGCACCUUCCAACCAUCAGCAUUUAUUGAUACACCAAAAGCAGCGCAACCAAAUGCAGUCAACAGCUCAGCGAGUUGUUCAUCAUAAUCAGUUAGGGAACUCUGAGUUACCGAGGAAGUCCCCAGCUGAACGUAUGCCACGUGUUCCGCAGUCUGUAACCAAUACCACCCAAACAGCUACUAUGAGUAUAACACCUCAAGCGAGCAAUGAUCCAAAGAACAUAAAAGCGGUUGUUUCUACUGCUGCGCCGCCUCCAAAUGCACCGGAACCUCCAUCUUGUGCCGCCUCUGUGCAAACCGCUGCUCCUAAAGUAUUAAACAAUCCUAGUACAGAUUCAGCUGGGACUGAUCCAGUAACAACAACACCGAACCAAGGACUAGCUCAGAAGCAUUUGCCCGGUGGGUUGCCUAGUCAGGGCGUGAUACAGAGACAACAAUCACUACCAUUAGUAGAAAACAGACCGAAGUUGCCGGAGCAGCAGCUGACUGUACAAAACCAGAGACAUCUUGCUUCUGAUCAGCAGCCUCAAUUAGAAGAAGCAAAAGAGCUAUCAUCUCCCAAGCCGCCUCCUGAUACAAAAGUGAAAUGAGAGACACGGUAGAUGAAACCCUAGAACCUCAAGAGUAGCUUUAGAUCUCUACAACAAAGGGUUAUCGCUUGCCCUUUAACGACAACACUGUACAGGUAACCCAUAACUGGUUCGUACAGAGUCGGUGUCUCCUCACUUUGUGGCAAUUUAACAUCAUCAAGUGGGUGUGGUCUUUGGAUUUGGCUGAGAUGCUGCAUAACAUUUAACAGUGGUUUGGGUCCAGCCAAAGUAAAACUGUAAACUCUGCAGAUUGAGUUUGCAGAUUUGAUGAAGGCAGAGGAAGAAGAAAGUGGAUCGGAUAAAAAUUCAUCAUGGUCUUUUUUUUGCCUCUUGAAACAGAAAGAAGAGAGAAGGUAUAAAUCAUAAAGUAUAUUAUUUUACCACUGCAUCAUCAUCAUAGAGAAAGUCCCUUUCUUCCCAUCAUUUGGUUUGGGAGAGUGGAAACAGUUUAUAUAAUGUUUUGUAUAGAACUAUGCUAUUCCACCACAACUUUUGAUUUGUUUUGUUUCCUCUUGUGGCAUAUAUUUAGGGUCUUAGUAGCCUUUUUUUCUUUGUUUGUUUGUUCUCUUCUAACUUCUUCUCUAGUGGGUUUAGGUUAGUUUAAUUUGAAUGUAUUAUUUGUUCUCUCUUUUCUUAAUGGUUAAAAUGAGAAAACCAAAAAAAGAAAGAUCAUAUGCUUCCCAUAACAGUAUGUAUCAGUACCCGAUUUGAAACUUCAAUAGCUGUGUCUGUUGUUAUAAUGCUUGGG